AUGGCGCGCAGGAGAAGCGAGUUUGAACCAGACCUGAAGAAAUUAAUCUCUAAGCUCUCUGGAUUCGACGAGUCAGAUGAAAACUUCCACCUCUGUCUACAUUUUGCACGCUCUAAUAUCAGCUACCACAGGUUCCUGGAUGUGGACAGCCAUAGACUCACUCGUGAACUGGAAGGAUUGGUGACAAAGUUCCAGGUCAACUGCCAGUAUGACAAAGCUGAACUGUUAAAGUCACUGAUUGCAGAAUUCCUAGAGAAUCCAAUUAGCAAGGAGAAUGCUGCAAAGUCAGAUUGCCACUACUCCAUCCUCCAGCUUCUGCUGAACUUGUCUGACUCACCCACAAAUGCUGAUUACAUCAAGCCUGACCCUCAACCAGAGAAAGAAGCGGAGGAGGUGUUUGACUGGAGGGGCUAUCUCCUGGAGGGUGAGGAGACAACCCAGGAGCUUUACCCAGAAUCAUCCGACUCAUAUGGUGAUGAUGAUGACGAGGAAGAGGACUUCGAUUCAGCCAAUCAGAGCACAGGAAAGGUUGUCAGGUUUGAUGGGGAGGAGGAACCUCAGAAGGAAGCUGACGAUGACAUACAGGGAGAUAACUCUGAGUCUGACCUUACUCCCCCUAAGCUGAAGAGUGUGCUUGACAAGGGAGACAACUGGCUGGAAGGGAAUGUAAUGGUGCAAUACUGGCAGGGCAUGGUGGAGACUGGAGCCUGGGCAGAUGGACACUGUUCUAAUCUCUACACUGAUUGGGAUUGUUACCAGUUGAGGACAAACCCGCUGUACUCCAUGCAGUAUGACGUGAAAAUCACAGAGUAUCAGAUGAUGAGGGAGUUAAUCUGGUUGUUAUCUGGAGUUAGGGAGCUCUUCAUCUGCCACUAUCAGGAUGGACGCUUCUUUCUCAGGCAUGACCUCGCUAUGUCACAUCUUACAAAGGAGAGUUUGAUGGAGAGACUAGAUGUCUAUUUCAAACACGGCUCUCAAGUACACCAGCUACAAGAUUUCAUCACCCGUAUAACCAACAGCAAGUCCUGUUACAACAUCAACAGUGCGUCACAUGACCAGGUGUCCUUGACCUUCCAGGCGUUUGCUCAGUGCUUAGCUCAGUUCUUGCAGACAUUUAGAAAGUUCCUCAGCCAGUUGGAAUUGAGCGUUACGAAACAAGAAGAAAUCUUCUCUCUUCAAACCCUGAGCCUCAUCCUUCAGCCAUGGUUCAUCAAACUAGGUGUGGUCUACGAUGUGUUUUACCACGGGACAGAAGAGGGCAGAGCCAAGGGAGAUAACACUUUUCUCGCUGCCAAGUUGUUGUCACGACUCUACAACACCGUUCUAAAAUAUGAUGGCUUCAGCGAAGAAUCCACUGAUCUGGCGAUGUUGUUGUUAACGAUGUUGAUACAGACCAGUCGGCCCUACUUAGACAUCAUAGAUGAGUGGAUCACAAAGGGCACUCUGACAGACCCCAGGAAAGAAUUCCUCGUUCAAAGAAAUGAAUCUGUGAAGUCUUUAGAUGAAAACUUUUGGGAAACAGCCUUCUCCCUGCGCUGCCCAUCCACAGAUCACUCUUCAGAGGUUACCUCCCCUGGCAAGGAGCAUGCUGGGGUUACCUCCCCUGGCAAGGAACAUGUCAGUGUUGCCUCCCCUGGCAAGGAACAGGUCAGGGUUACUUCGCCUGGCAAGGAACACCCCAGUGUGGAGGAAGACAAGGAACUAGGGAAGCAGGGGUCGUACUGGGCACCCAGGUUUCUCCUGCCUGUGAUGAGAGAGGUGGUGUUAGCGGGCAAGUCCAUGGAGCUCCUGCAGACCCUGGGAAGAUUGGGAAAGGUGUUAAGGGAACAUGAUAACACAGAUGUUGAGUGUAAAUCCUGGUACACCACCUUCAUAGAGUCCCUGGAGGAAACAUUGGGUAAGACACCACGCCCUGGAUCAGAAGCGCCAUCUGGUGGGAGAGAUGACACAAAGGGAGUAAAUCUACCACCAAUAGUAGAAGAUUCAAGAAACAGUUAUGAUCCCCUUUUACAGAUCAACUUUUCAGCCAUAAUUGAUCUGGACUGCAGUGGAAAAAAUGCAGACACAACUAAAGCUGAAGAACUGGAGCAGAGUGUGUCUGAGCUGAAUCUGAGUGGUCUGGGUAGGAUAUCCGUGUUACUGGAGCACUGUCUGUACCCGUAUGUCCACAAGCGCUAUCAGCGAGUAUCUACGAAGCUGGUAGAGAUCCUCACUAAGGAACAUCAUCUGCUAGAUUACCUGGACUCUAUAAGGAGGUUUUACCUGAUGGAGGCUGGGGACACACUGUUUGACUUCUACACAGAGCUUUUCCAGAAGGUACAGUGUCAUGAGAUGUGGCGUGAUGUGCACCUGUUGAACUUGGUGCUGGGGGCCAGCCAACAGGUGUAUUACCCUCAAGAUGUCAGCAGGUUAAGCAUUGACAUUGCUCAGCCAAGUUUUAAAGCCAAGGAUUCUAAUCCAAUCAACGCUUUUGAUGGCCUCCAGCUUCAUUAUGAGGUUCCCUGGCCUCUAGAUAUAAUCAUUAGCACCAAAACUCGAGAGGUUUACAACCAGGUGUUUAUAUUUCUGCUGCAAAUCAAAUAUGCUAAAUACUCGCUGGAUAAGCUGCUGUUUUCAGUUUUGGAGCGCGAGAACCUUUUGAGAACCAUUGUUCAGCCGGAGGAUGCUUUCAGUCGCUAUGGUAACGAGGAUGAGGUAGAGGAGGAGAGGAUGGAGGAGCAGCUUCCUCGCAGUCAUCGAGUGCACCGAAUGCAGCUCCUGAGGAUGAAACUGAUCAACUUUGUCAACAGUCUCCACACCUACAUCAUGACUAGGGGUAUUAACUGCAUUAUUUUGCACAGCACGGGGUUAGAGUUCAUGGCUGAAAUCAGGCAGGCUGGAGACUUGGAUCAGAUUAUGACGCUGCACGGAGGAUACGCUCAAAUCCACAGUCGCUGCCUUCAACAUAAAGACGUCGACUUCCUCAAGGAUGCCAUUCUCAAAGUCCUCAACUUGUGUGUGAUAUUUUCUGCACGGUGGCAGUAUGGAGUGGAUGAAAUCAGCUCUGAGUCUAUAGAAACUUUAGAAAGAGAAUUUGGCAAAUACAUGCAGUUUUUAUCGUCCUUCCUUAACAACAUUGUGAAGAGGGGCUCUUUUUCUCACUUGGAACCUUUGGCCUUUGCCUUGUUUAAUGCAAUCGAACAGAAGUAGAGCAGAAUCCGACCAAUCUUCAACUGAGUGGUCUCCCCUGGCUAAUGAGGCCAGAUUUCACCGCCAGGAAACAUCACCUGCCUGUGUCUGUGUCAGAAGCUGUGUGAAAACAUGUCAUUGGCACUCACGUGUACAGCAACCUCUGUGGAAUAUUUCCAACAGGAACAGAAGGCUGUAUGUCUGGGAAAAGCU